AUACGGAGGGUGUGUUCCGGCGAUUUUAGAGGCUUUACGAAGGUGUGAUGAUUUGGACAAGGCGUUGAAGCCAUGGGAAAGGACUCUGACCAACAAAGAACGAAGUAUAAUCCUCAAGGAACAGCUGGGCUGGGAAAGAGCUUAUGAGAUCUUCAAUUGGUUCAGGAAAAAGGGAUGCUAUGAGAUAAAUGUGAUUCAUUACAACAUUAUGUUGAGGGUUCUAGGGAGAGCACAGAGGUGGACAGAACUAAAGAACUUGUGGGAUGACAUGAGGGGGAGGAGGGUUGAACCCGUGAAUUCAACAUAUGGGACGUUGAUUGACGUGCAUUACAAAGCUCGUCGUCAAGAGGAAGCUAUGGAGUGGGUUGACUUGAUGUACCAAAACAGGAUGGAACCAGAUGAGGUCACAAUGGGAAUUGUGGUUCAAAUGUAUAAAAAAGCAGGGGACUUUAAGAAAGCUGAAGAGUUUUUCAAGCAGUGGGAGACUGUAAAUGCAAGAAGAGCACAUGAAAGCAUUAGUUCACCUCUUUGUUUGAGCUCAUAUACGCAUAACAACUUGAUAGACACAUAUGGGAAAGCAGGAAAAGUAAAAGAAGCAAGUGAGGCUUUUGAAAGGAUGCUUGAUGAAGGGAUUUCACCAACCACAGUAAAUUUCAACACAAUGAUUCACUUGUAUGGUAAUAAUAACCGAAUGGAGGAAGUCGGAUCCUUAAUGCAGAAAAUGGAGGAUCUUGACUGCUGUCCCGAUACACGGACAUACAACAUCCUUAUUUUUCUCCAUGCCAAACACAACGACAUAGAGACUGCAUCAUUCUACUUUGAGGCGAUGAAGAGUGCGUCUCUAGAACCAGACAUCGUAAGCUACCGAACCCUCUUGUAUGCCUUUUCAAUAAGGCAGAUGGUUUCUGAAGCAGACAUGCUAGUUCUAGAGAUGGAUGAGAAGGGAAUGGAGAUUGACGAGUAUACGCAGUCAGCCCUCACUAGAAUGUAUCUAGUAGCCGGGAUGUUGGAACGGUCAUGGUCAUGGUUCCAUAGGUUUCACCUUAGUGGGAGGAUGACUCCCGAGUGUUACUCUGCCAACAUUGAUGCGUUUGGAGAGCACGGCCAUGUUUGGGAAGCGGAGAAAGUUUUCGAUUGUUGUCGGGAGCAUUUCCCAGGUUCCAAACGGGCCCUUACUGUCCUCGAGUUCAAUGUAAUGAUCAAGGCUUACGGGAUAAGCAAGAAAUACAAUGAAGCUUGCCUCUUAUUUGACAGUAUCCAGAAACACAAUAUAUCUCCAGAUAAAUGCAGCUACAGUUCCAUCAUCCAGAUAUUAGCCAGUGCCAAUCUGCCUUUUCAUAAAAACAGAAGGAACGGGAUGUUCGACGAAGCGGUUCAAAUGGCUAAAGAAAUGAGAGAAAAGGAGCUGUUGAAUGAUGUGUUGAGUUAUAACAAUGUGAUUGGGCUUUAUGCACUUGUGGGAAGGUUUAGAGAUGCAAUGAUUAUGUUUAAGGACAUGCUGGUUUCAUCUUCUUCUGUGAGGCCCGAUGGGUUUACGUUCAAAUCUCUCGGGGUUAUUCUCGUCAAAUGCGGGGUUUCGAAGGAAGAUGUGAAGAGACUGAGUGAGAAGGGUGAUGAUCAGAAUGGUGUUUCUCUUUGGAUUUCAAUGCUUUCUUCUGUGAUUGGGUUUUGUGAUGAUGAUGAUGAUGAUGAUAAAGAUGAUGAUUAUCAUGCUGUGAUUGGGGAGAGGUAAAAUGACUGAUUUUGUUUUCACUAAAUUAUCUCUUUUAUGUCUUAGGGUCUGUUUGGAAAGGAGAAAAUGAUGUCUUAGGGUCGCGUUUGGAAAGGAGAAUAUGAUUUUAGGAUAAUUUCAAAAAAAAUUAUUCUCAUUCUUUUUGAGGAAUAUAAUUUCAACUAUUUC